AGGAAGGAAAUGGUCGCUAUUCCAGGAGGAGUGUUCACAAUGGGCACUGAUGAGCCUCAAAUACAACAAGAUGGAGAAUGGCCAGCUAGAAGAGUCCACGUUAGAAGUUUCUACAUGGACCAGUACGAGGUCAGCAAUGAGGAAUUCGAGAUGUUUGUGAAUUCCACUGGGUACAUUACUGAGGCAGAGAAGUUUGGUGAUUCCUUUGUGUUUGAGGGAAUGCUGAGCGAAGAAGUGAAGGCUGACAUCCACCAGGCAGUUGCAGCUGCUCCCUGGUGGUUGCCUGUGAAAGGAGCCAACUGGAAGCACCCCGAGGGUCCUGACUCUACUAUCUCCAACAGAAUGGAUCAUCCAGUUCUUCAUGUUUCCUGGAAUGAUGCGGUGGCAUUCUGCACGUGGGCAGGGAAACGAUUGCCAACUGAGGCUGAAUGGGAAUACAGCUGUCGAGGGGGCCUUGAGAAUAGACUUUUCCCAUGGGGCAACAAGCUUCAGCCAAAAGGACAACAUUAUGCCAAUAUCUGGCAGGGAGUGUUCCCAACUAAUAACACUGCAGAAGAUGGUUACAAAGGAACUGCACCUGUCACUGCGUUUCCUCCCAAUGGGUAUGGCUUGUACAAUAUUGUAGGCAACGCCUGGGAAUGGACGUCUGACUGGUGGGCUGUUCAUCAUUCCACAGAUGAAGUUCACAACCCUCAAGGACCUUCAUCGGGGACAGACAGAGUGAAGAAGGGUGGAUCCUAUAUGUGCCAUAAGUCUUACUGCUACAGGUACCGCUGCGUGGCUCGUAGCCAGAACACUCCGGACAGCUCUGCCUCCAACCUGGGGUUCCGCUGCGCCGCAGACGCCUCGCCAGAGCACAGCGACCCCCUGGGCAGCCACACGGAGACAUGA